AUGAAAUAUGAUUUUGUGCAAAAUUACCUUGUUUGGUACUUGCAUGGUGAAACUGAAGUGCAUCAUGGUUAUGAUGAUGCACUAUUAGACAUGUCUCAUGGUUCUGAUAGGGUUAAUCAUCCAAAUUUUAAUCGAACUAAUCAGAUGCAAAGUUUGUACCAUGCAAGGUUUAAACGAUUAAAGGACAUUGUGGGGAAAGUUAGUGAAUUGAAAGAGCUUUGGGAAGUUAGUGUGGAUACUUACGAUACUUUCCAUCAGAACAAUUUCAUCAUGUGUGCUACUUUAAUUUGGACUAUUAGCGACUUCCCUGCUUAUUCAAUGCUCUCAUGGUGGAGCAUAGAGACUCGCACUGCAUGUCCAUAUUGCAUGAAAAAUACAGAUGCCUUUACAUUAAAUAGGGGAGGUAAACAAAUAUGGUUUGAUAGUCAUCGAAAGUUCUUAUCACAAGACCAGCCUUUUCGUCGAAACAAGACAUCUUUUAUUAGGAACCAAACUGUCUACAAGUCACUACUACCAAUUAGAACUAGGAAAUACUUGUUAAAAGAAAUUGAAGAAAUUGGCUUGAUACGGCAACCAAUAACAGAGCUUAGCAAUUUUUUUAAAGAACUUACUUCAACUACGGUUACUAAUUGGGACAUGCAACGGUUAAAUGAACAAAUUCUUGUGAUCUUUUGUAAGCUUGAACGAGUAUUUUCUCCAAGUCUGUUUGAUUCAAUGGAGCAUUUACCAAUACACCUUGCAUAUGAAGCAUCAAUUGCAGGACCAGUACAAUAUCAGUGGAUGUACCCAUUUGAGAGAUACCUAAGGAAGUUAAACAACAAUGUAAAGAAUAAGACAAGGGUGGAAGGUUCAAUAUGCAAUGCUUACUUGGUGGAAGAAGCAUCUGCAUUUUUCGCUCAUUAUUUUGAAGCACAUGUCAUAACUAGACAUCAAAAGGUGCCAUGCAACUUGCCUGAACUUGUCACUGAUGUUGAUGUACCGGAGCGAGUAAAGUCAGCACAACCAAAUAUCACAAAUGCAGUUGUUGAUGGAAAACUAGAGAGAGAGUUUGCCGAAUGGUUUUAUAAGUAUGCACAUGACUUGCAGAAUAAUAUAGAUAAUCAGUUUAUGAAAGAUUUGUCAAAGGGUCCACUAAGAAGUGUCACCACUUUUGAUGGGUAUAUAGUCAAUGGAUGUAAAUUCAACACAAUAAAAGGAAGUUUGAAUAGGAACAUAAUGAAUUUUGGUAUAUGUAUAAAAGGAAGCAAUUACAGUUCAGAAGAAAGUGACUACUAUGGACAGUUGGUAGAGGUAUUGAGGUUGGAGUAUCCAGGGUUACCAAUCAAGAGGACCGUACUGUUCAACUGUGAUUGGUUUGAUCCAACACCAAAUACUGGAACCAAGAUACAUAGAGAAUAUAGGAUAGUUGAUGUUAACGAUAAGCAAAGAUUCAAUAAGUACGAACCUUUUGUGUUAACCUUUCAGGCAACACAGGUCGUUUACCCAAGCAAGCAUCGUGACAAAAAUGAUUGGCGGGUUGUGAUGAAAGUUAAAGGUAGACCUGUAGUAGAAGUAACUGAUAUAUUUUCAAAGACAGAUGAACAUUUCCAAUAA